GCCGUCGACCGCCCUUUCUCAUCACUCAUUAACACUAUCCUUCCCCCCCCUUCUUUUUUCUCCCAGCGCGCAUCUGGUCUUUGUAUUACUUUUUUUUACCCCUGCCAGUUGCCGUGGGAGUCUGUUCCCCAUUAAAGUCGCCCCCUCUUCUCGCACUGCCUCCUCCGAAAGUCACCUGUGGAUCCUUCGCCCGUUGACACCCAACCAAACCAUCUUAUCUAUCAAGCCAAGCAGGCCAGCUUGACUCGCUCGCUGGUUUGCGAUCUUGAGAGGAGAAAAUACAUCGGCCGCCCCUUGAGGAGAGAAGACUUACUUUCGAUAACUCCCCGGGUUUCUUCGAAGCCAGCCAUUGGGAACAGAAGAGGCUUAUUUAAUUUUUUUCUCUUUUCCCAAGCUCGCAGUUUUGGUUUCCUAGAGGAUUUUUGGCCAUUUCCGCAGGAUCUUGCCACCAAGAAUCGCCUCUCCGUUUUCUUUCUUUUCCUUCCAAAAUAUCUGCUUUCCUUUCCCUCAAUCUUUGGCCUGCUUCUGCCUCUGGAUCCUGCAUCUCCCGGGACCUCGGCAUACAUCUUUUUCUCUCUCGACGGCAAGCCAGCAGGGAGACAGUGCGUUCGGAAGCGAAGGGUUAGAUCAUGCAGCAUGUUUCAGUAUUCGGAUACCCCACUCCGCCAGCAUCACCAGCCUUCGGCCGGCCCUGCAGCGUCCCGAGCCAGCAUAUCACGGUCCAACAAGCUUGCCUGCCCCAGUUCGUCCCGGUCGCCCCGGAGGAGAGGUUAGGGAGGUUCAUCACCAGCUCGUUGCAGUUGACGAGCAUCGUGGGCACCGGCGCCUACGGGGUGGUCUACUCGGCCGUCGAUACCAAGACCAACGUCCGCUAUGCCGUCAAGUGCCUCAGCAAGUUCAACCCGGAUGGGACUCCGCUGGACCGCCGCCAGGUUGCCUUCCAGACCAGGGAGAUCAGGUUGCACUACCUCGCGUCGAGCCACCGCAACGUGGUCUCGAUCCUGAAGAUCAUCGACUACCUGGACUGCAUCUACGUUAUCCUGGAGUACUGCCCCGAGGGUGAUUUAUUCUACAACAUCACCGAGCGCGGCCAGUACGUCGGUAAGGAUGAGCUGGCCAAGAAGGCUUUCCUCCAGAUCCUGGACGCCGUGGAGCAUUGCCACAACCUGGGAAUCUACCAUCGGGAUUUGAAGCCGGAGAAUAUCCUUGUUACGGACCAGGGAGAGACUGUCAAGCUGGCAGAUUUUGGUCUUGCUACCUCUUCAGACCGAUCCGAAGACUACGGCUGCGGCUCAACGUUUUACAUGUCACCAGGUAGGUUCUUGAUGUCGCGAACGACUCCUUCCCCUUUCCCGUUUCUUCAUAUAUAUAUGAUAUAUAUAUAUAUGCCGUUAGAACAGCGCCCUCUCUCUCUCUCUCUCUCUCUCUCUCCUCCUCUUGUUCCUUUCACCACCCCGUUUUCUCCCUUUUUCUCUCCGGUACACACCCCACUGACUUUUCUCUUUUCUCUUAUUUUAGAAUGCCUGGAUCCAUCAUCAAGGAGGCCGUUUUACUACUGCGCACCAAAUGAUGUCUGGAGCCUAGGAGUCAUCCUGGUGAACCUCACCUGUGGACGCAACCCAUGGAAGCAGGCAUCCUAUGAGGAUUCCACUUAUCGGGCCUACAUCAAGAGCCGGGACUUUCUCAAGACUAUCCUCCCCGUGUCGGAUGAACUGAACGACAUCUUGGGGAGGAUCUUCACACGGAACCCGGACGAGAGGAUCACGCUUCCGGAGUUGCGCGCUCAGAUCCUGGCUUGCUCCAGGUUUACCCAACAACCGGCAGCCGAGCUGCCGCCGUCUCCUGCACCGCCAGGACACACGACUUACGUUUUUGAGGGACAGCCCAUCGUGGACGAUGAGUACGACUCGGACCACGAGGUGCCGCUCUCGCCGGCAUCGUCGGACGGCGAGUCGUGCUCAUCCGACGAGGAAGGAUCCCUCACUUCCACCUGCUCCAGUAUCGAGGACCUGGAAGACGACGACGACUGCUCCCUGGAGGACAUCCCAGAGGCCAGGACGCCCCCGCCGCAGGCGCAAGCACCCCUUGGAGAGCCAGCAAUCUGCGAACCCGAGGAGCCGAGGCACGUGCCGUUUCAACAACCACCGGAGUACAUGCACCACCAAUACCACGGACAGCCCAUGCUUGUUCCCCCUUCGGCCCAGGCCAUGCCCAUGCCUAUCCAGCCUUUUGCCCAGAACAAGUUCCCGCUGGACCAAUAUGUCUGGGACAUGUUGAGGUACGCACAGCCGACGCCGCAGGUGCAACAGCUCCACCAUCCGGUCCCGUUCCACCAUCAGGUUCCGCUGUUUGCCCACCACAUCCAGGGCUGCUAUUAGCUUCCAUGCUAUUUUUUUCCCUCCUCUUCUCCCUGGGAUGCUCCUUCUCACGUCUCAUCUUCCAUGGAUACGCUUCUGGUGUGGCCGACGAACCCCAACUCGACCACACACACACACGCACACACACACACACACACACACACA